CCGGCCCCUGCUGCGCCGUCUGCAGACGCGGCCGCACCAUGAAGCCUUCCCUGCUGCCCUGGGCCCUGCUGCUGCUGGCGACUGUCCCCGGCCCGGGCCUCCGGCCUGCAGCAGGUGCUCAGGGGAGCUGCUCCCAGCGCUGCGGAGACCAGAGUGGGCCAUGUUCCUGCCACCCAACCUGCUUCGGCUUGGCCAGCUGCUGUGCGGACAUCCGGGAUUUCUGCCUGGAGAUCUCACCCUACUCGGGCUCCAUGAUGGGGGGCAAGGAUUUUGUGGUCCAGCAUCUCAACUGGCCCAACCCCACUGACAGCGUGAUAUGCAGCUUUAAGGACAGCAUCCAGACCCGCGGCCACGUGGACGCCUUGGGCCGCGUGCACUGCGUGUCACCCCUUCUCUACGAGUCUGGCCGCAUCCCGUUCACGCUCUCCAUGGACAAUGGACGCUCCUUCCCGCGCUCGGGCACCUGGCUCUCCGUGCACCCCAGCAAAGUGUCGGACUCCGAGAAGAGCCAGCUGGUGAAUGAGACCCACUGGCAGUACUACGGCACUCCUGGCACCCAGGGCAACCUCACCCUGACCUGGAACACCUCAGCCCUGCCCUCGGACGCCGUCACCAUCGAGCUGUGGGGCUACGAGGAGACCGGGAAGCCGUAUUCCCAGCAGUGGACAGCAGCGUGGUCGUACCUGUACUCCUUGGCUACCAACAUCCACAACUCUGGCUCCUUCACCUUCACGCCAAAACCUGCCCCCCAGAACUUCCAGAGAUGGGAAGUGGGUUCCCUCCGCAUCGUGGACAGCAGACACCGCGCAGGGGAGCAGGAUGUGCAAGCGCUCUGGAGCAACGAGCACGCGCUGGCCUGGCACCUGGGUGAUGACUUCCGGAUGGACCCUGUGGCCUGGGCCCGAAACCAGUGCCUGGCCUGGGAGGAGCUGGAGGACCAGCUGCCCAAAUUCCUGGAGGAGCUGCCCGACUGCCCCUGCACCCUGGCCCAGGCCCGGGCUGACUCCGGCCGCUUCCACACAGACUACGGCUGUGACCUGGAGCAGGGCAGCGUGUGCACCUACCACCCGGGCGCUGUGCACUGCGUGCGCUCGGUGCAAGCCAGCCCCCAGUACGACUCCGGACAGCAGUGCUGCUACACGGCGGAUGGCACGCAGCUCCUGACGGCUGACUCCACCGGGGGCAGCACCCCGGACCGCGGCCACGACUGGGGCUCACCCCCCUACCGCGUGCCGCCCCGCGUGCCCGGCCUCUCCCACUGGAUCUACGACGUCAUCAGCUUCUACCACUGCUGCCUCUGGGCACCUGAGUGCUUCCGCUACAUGAACAGACGGCCCUCUAGCGACUGCCGCAGCUACCGGCCCCCGCGCCUGGCCUCCGCUUUCGGGGACCCACACUUCGUCACUUUCGACGGCACCAACUUCACGUUCAAUGGCCGUGGAGAGUACGUGCUGCUGGAUGCGGCGCUGACCGACCUGCGGGUGCAGGUGCGGACCCAGACCAGGACGGGGUCUGAAGGCUCUCAGGACCGAGGCACGGGGCUGACUGCAGUGGCCAUCCAGGAGGCCAACUCAGACGUGGUGGAGGUCCGGCUGGGGGAGGGGGCAGGGGUCUUGCAGGUGCUACUGAACCAGGAGGUGCUCAGCUUCGCGGAGCAGUCCUGGAUGGACCUGAAGGGCAUGUUCCUGUCGGUAGCUGCUGGGAACAGAGUAUCAGUCAUGCUGACUUCAGAGGCCGGCCUGGAGAUCAGCCUCCAAGGGCCGUUCCUGAGUGUGGCGGUCCUGCUGCCCGAGAAGUUCCUGACCCACACGCGGGGCCUCCUCGGGACGCUCAACGACAACCCGGCAGACGACUUCACCCUGCGCAGUGGGGAGGUCCUGCCACCCAGCGCCAGUUCUCGAGAGCUGUUCCGGUUCGGGGCUGACUGGGCCGUGCAGAACGCCUCCUCCCUGCUCACCUACGACUCCAAGUUCCUGGUGGAAAACUUCAAGGACCGGCCCAAGCAUGACCCCACUUUCCUGCCCCUCUUCCCCGAGGAAAGCUCCGCGAGCCCCAGCCAGGCAAGCGCGGCAGCCGACCUGUGUGGGGACGACAUGUUCUGCAGAUUCGACGUGGCGGCCACCGGGAGCCUGAGCGUGGGCAACGCCUCGCGAGUGGCCCACAGGCAGCACCUGCUUCGCGUGCAGAGCCUGCAGCCCGUGGUGUCCUGCGGCUGGCUGGCCCCGCCUGCCAACGGACACAAGCAGGGCGACAGGUACCUGGAGGGCUCCACCGUCCGCUUCCGCUGCAACAACGGCUACAGCCUGGCCGGGGCGGAGGCCAGCACCUGCCGGGCUGACGGGACCUGGUCCUGGCCCACCCCCACGUGCCAGCCAGGACGGAGCUACGCGGUGCUGCUGGGCAUCAUCUUUGGAGGCCUGGGGCUGGUGGCCCUGGUUGGGCUCGGCUACUGGCUUCUACGCCGCAGGAAGAGCAACACGGCUGUCUGGGGUUCGCAACCCUGAGCGAAGCACGCUUGGCCGGUGGCGCAUGAUGCACGGGGCCUCCCCGAGGCCAAAGCCCAGCCUCCCAAACUUCCAAGAGCCUGCACCCCAGUACUGGAAUACUCGGAUUCCUCGCGCCAGACAUGUGGAACCCGGACACCUGGUACCCGAGCUUUUCAAGCCGAGUGCCCUGCUCUGUCACCGAAGACCCGAACCCCGAACUGUAACCAGGGAGCUCCGUGGCUCUGUUCCCUGCACAUCUCCAAGCCCGGGGCUCCAUACCGUUGAAUCCUGAGGCCUGUCUCCCGAGCUCUUACAUGCCAGCACCUGACGUGCAAAGGCCAGUACCUCAGAUCCCAUGCCCGUGACCCUGGUCCCCAGUGUGAGUCCUACUGACCCAGCAGCGAGCCCCAGGGCCGAGCUGCCUUGAUUCCCAGGCCCUGGGCCUGGCUGCCCGAGACUGUGGCUGGGUCCAGCCGUGGGCGUGGAGAGUGCCCUUCUAAGCUCCAGGCUUGUAGCUCUAAGUCUUCUGGAAUGUCUCCUGCCAGACUCCUCACUGUGGGGGCAGAAAACACGCCUUUGGUGCCUCUGC